UCAGCCGAUGCACAAGGUUUAAAUACGCAACAAUCUAAAUUUCUUUUCAAUUCAGAUUACAUAUGGAAGCAUCUUCAUGGAUGUUGUUGCUAGGUCCCAGUUAUGCAGAUGAACAUACACCUUACUUGCUAUACGCAGAUUCUGCCAAACCCCACCGUAUGGCGCCACCAUGACCUGCUUUCAGAGCCACGUUCACAACUUAAUUUUAGAUUUUUCCAUUUUUCCUUGCUUAUGGCAUAAUCCAUGGUUUCAGUAGCAGAAUCUUAAUAGUUCCACGAAGGCGUUGUUUGCUCCCUGCUUUUAUGGAAUCCAAAGGCUCAUUACCGCGUUCAUGAGAGCGCUCCGCAGGACUUCAUCUUUAGCCAAAUGAAUUCAGUUCACACCCGCUGUCACUAAUUAUUUAAUGCUAUCCACCCUGUGACCUUCACUAUGUUCGCUGUUACAUUUCUGAACACGUCAGUCGGCAUUUCAAAAAGGUAUUCAGGUUGAACGAUUCUGGAAUUUUAUUCACAGUGGCUUUUAAGUUAGUGUAAAACAGCCAUAGCCCACAAAAGUCCUUAGGGUAUGGUUGAUGGUACGUGAGACUUAUGUGAAGGCCUAGAAUAGAGGAAGAAUACCUUCAGUGGAACAUAACCUUAAAAUCAUUCUACGUGUGUACGGAUUUCCAUAUUCAAAAAACGUUCUGGAGUGAAAAUGACAUUUUUAGGAAGAACACUUUUUUUUACUACGAAACAUCGAACAGUAAGCUAUUGGAGCUCAAAACUGUAUUUUUCCAAUGCACGUGUUUCUUCUUAUGGUGAUAUUGAUGAAAUUGGUGGUGAUAAUGAAAAACAUGUCAGUAAUACUGUCUUCAGUGAACAGAAUACGUUUUGGCAGCCUGUUGCACAUGAUCAGAAGAGGCGUAAAUUUGCAGUUGAUAUUAGUAAAGGACCUGGAUUAAAGGAUUUCGUGACUAAUUCUUUUGUACCGCCAGUCACACGUGAGAGUGUGCCGUAUGUAAGAAACGCGUCAGUUAAUGGGCUGAAUAGGAAAGUAUACUUUGAAGUGUAUGGAUGCCAAAUGAAUGUGAAUGACACAGAGAUUAUAUGGUCCAUUCUGAAGGAUGUAGGAUACUUGAAAUCAGAAUCUAUUCAGGAAGCAGAUGUCAUAUUGAUAGUAACCUGUGCUAUCCGUGAAGGAGCUGAGAUAAAAGUGUGGAACAAGUUAAAACACUUCAGAUCCCUGAAGAAAGCUAGAGAAAAACAGAAUCAUAAACCACAGCUGAAGAUUGGAAUAUUAGGAUGCAUGGCUGAGCGACUUAAACAUCAGCUCUUGGAGAAGGAGCAGACUGUAGAUAUUGUUGCUGGUCCAGACAGUUACAAGGAUCUGCCACGACUUCUGACUCUUACCGACAAUAACCAGACUGCUGUAAAUGUGCUACUUUCACUGGAUGAGACGUAUGCUGAUAUUGCACCCGUGAGGUUGAAUCAGGAUUCAGUCACUGCUUUUGUAUCCAUCAUGCGUGGAUGUGACAAUAUGUGCACGUAUUGCAUAGUACCCUUUACUAGAGGUCGUGAGAGGUCUAGACCUAUUUCUUCUAUUCUUCAGGAAGUGUGGAAUCUUUCUCAACAGGGUGUCAAGGAAGUUACUUUACUAGGUCAAAAUGUGAAUAGUUAUCGUGACUUGUCAGUAGUGGAUUUUGAUGGUAGUUUACCAUCAGAUGGAGAAACACACUUAGCAAAAGGAUUUCGUACAGUGUAUAAAAAGAAGAAAGGAGGACUAAGGUUUUCAGACCUUCUAGAUCAAGUGUCCAGAAUUGAUCCUGAAAUGCGGAUACGUUUCACUUCCCCUCAUCCAAAGGAUUUUUCUGAUGAGGUUUUAGAGCUAAUUCAAGAUCGCAGUAACAUCUGUUGCAAUCUGCACAUGCCAGCUCAGAGCGGAAACAGUGCUGUAUUGGAACGGAUGAGACGAGGAUACAGCAGGGAAGCCUACCUUGAUCUUAUUCAUCACGUGAGGCACCAGAUUCCAGGUGUCAGCCUUUCAAGUGAUUUUAUCUGUGGAUUCUGUGGAGAAACUGAAGAAGAAUUUGAAGAUACACUCACUCUUAUGGCAGAAGUCAAGUACAAUAUGGCAUUUCUCUUUGCUUACAGUUUGCGAGAGAAAACUACAGCUCACAGGCGUCUCGUGGAUGAUGUGCCACCUGAGAUUAAGCAACAGCGACUUGUCAGGAUGACGUCAUUGUUCCGAAGGGAAGCCGAGAAGCUUAAUCGAGCCCAGAUAGGCCAACAGCAGUUGGUGCUAGUGGAAGGGCCCAGCAAACGCUCGAUGAAAGAUGUGGUUGGUCGUAAUGAUGGCAAUACCAAAGUAAUAUUUCCUGCGGUGGAAAUUCCAGAUUCAGAAUAUUCACACACACUUCGAUCUAUAAAUCCAGGAGAUUAUGUUGUGGUUCAGAUCAGUUCGGCUAAUUCCCAGAUCUUGAAAGGAGUACCUCUAUAUCACACGUUGCUUUCCAACUUUAAGGUACAAGAGAACACACGUGUAUGUAGAACAGAUCUGAUGCGUGGUCCUCGAUGAGACGGGUGAAGGGUCUUGGUACCAGUUUGCAUGGAAAUAAGGAGACGUCCGUUGAAGUUUGAGUUCCACUAAUGGCACCGUUGCAACUGUUACAAACAGCGAGGUGAUAGAAGAAUCCUCCGCUGAACCACGUUAUUACAAGAGAAAAAAAUACUUUUGAACUGGUCUCUCGGAAGUAGAACUUUUUCAUAUACUGGAGCUAUAACACAGAUUCUAUCGCUUACACGCGCCAAAGAAAAAGAGAGAGUGAGGGAGAUAAGAACGUUCUGAAACAUGCCGAGUAAACCAAGUGAAGAAAUGACAUCUAAAGACACUGCGAGCAACACAACGGUGGAAAAUAACGAAAAUGUCCUGACAUUGACUGAUCGUUUGAACAAGAAACUCUUAUCUUCCUUGUUAGAGAGGAUGAAUUGUGGAACGCAGUUCGACCGGUUUAUACCUCAAAACGACCCAGAGAAUUCGCCGACUGAGGACGAAUUUUUACCGUAGUUAUAUCUCCGUACGAAUAUUGUCUUUUUUAAAACAGGUUUGCAAGAGUUUUUUGAUAAUGUAAUUAUUACGCUUAGGAAUUCGUUGCCAGAGUGGACAUCGAGACAUCUGACGAUGUAUCGGAAGAUGUACAUUUGUAUCGUUUGUUUUUAUUUUGGCGGUAUUUUCCUGCCUGUGAUUAAUGCUGAUAAAAGCAGUGCUAAAAAGUUUGUAAUUUGUUACUACAUUUAUAGUGAAUUGUAGUUCGGGUGUAAUAAAAUUAAUACUGCUGGUGCAUGGUAAUAAUUUUGUUUAAACUAUUUAAUUGUGUGUAAGGAAUAGUAGAAUAGAAGUAUACACAUGACCAAUCUGUAAGCUGCAAGGAGUACAGUGUCAAUUCCUUUUCUGUCAUGUACAUAUUUCUUUUAGAAAAUAAUUUAAUUCAAUGAAAAGUAAUGCAACUUAAUUCAGGUUUUGUUCUUGUACUGGAAAACCUCUGGGUUUAUCAAGAGUGUGCAUGUUAUAGAUUGGUUAUGUUGAGUGGUUAGAAUGUAUGUACAUAAAAAUAAUAAAAGGAGAAUGGAAUUUAUCCUGAAAAUUUAGAAGAGCUUUGUACAUGUGCCAAACAGCAGGUUUGUUUUCUCCUUGUGUGGAAUGAAGACAAAAAAAUAUAUGCCUGAUUUUCGAUGGUGUGAAUAUGAACUCAUUAUGCACUCAAGUUUAAUUAUUUUAUGUGGCUCUAAACCUCUACAUGUUUGUCAUCCAUUUUGUAAAUCAGUGGUUUUCAACCUUUAACUGCAAGCAUACUGAACAUGUCCCUCCUAUAGCAUUGUUUUCCAUUACAGUUUCCACAAGAAAUCCUUUCAUAGCAGUGAAUUAAUUGAUGGAAUGAAAUGGAAUUGAUAAUGAUCACAGUAAACUGUGUGGCUUUAUAUGUAAUUGUGUUAUGUUACAAAUAAGCUGCAACCUAACAAUUUGAUUAAUUAUAUGCGUGUCUUUGCCAUUUUAAUUAGUUAAAUACAGCCUAAACAAAUGUAAAAGUAGGUAGUUAAUGUGGUUUCCACAGGCGAUGUGGCUCAUGUCUCAUCCGAAUGCAGUCUUAACCCAUACAGUACAUUGUAUGUCUUCAUUGACAGUCAUUACUUGUAUAAUUCUGACGCUCCAGUAUGAAUAGCUGUCUGUGUUAGGUUUAAGGGAUUUGUGAAUCAUUAUCAUUACUCCAGAUAUAUAAAUUUGAAUGAAAUUAUUGGCUUCCUGUAAA